AUGGGUCUGAAGGGGGCAUGGUGCUUCCCAUGGUGUGGGUGCCGAAGACAGCGGAGGACUGAAAGAGGAGCAGGCCUGGAUCCAGCUGCCCCUCCAGAUCCAGAUCCCAGCCCAGCUGUAGCCCCCAACGUGGCUGAGGGAGGGAUUCCGUCCCUAGGGUCUGGCGCCUACUUCAGCAGGAAAGCCCGACUCUCCUUCCGCCACCAGCUGCAUGACGUAGCAUCGGCCAACGACUCCACCAUUUGA